AUGGAAGAAUUAGAAACUAUUAAGUGGGAAAUUGUUGACUUGGCUGAAGUGAGACGGAAAGGUGAAGACCUUACCAUACUAUCUUGUGGUCAUAUGCUUUAUCACAAAGGGCAUGAUGAUUCGUCAUGCGGAGGCGUUGGUUUUCUAAUCCACAAUAGACUUUAUACCUCCGUCAAAUGCGUUAAAAUUAAGCUUAACGAUCGAUAUGCCUUAAAGAUAAUCCAAGUGUACGCUCCGACCUCAGACCAUGGCGAUGAUGAAAUGGAAGUUUUCUGUGAGCACAUUGAAAAAGCAUACAAAGAAAGCCCAUGCUGGGAGAUUUUAAUGCUAAAAUUGGUCCACAUAGAUAAUCGGAACACACAGUGGGACAAUAUGCUCGUGGACGGCGAAACCCUUGGGAACAGCUUUUAG